AUGAAAAAUGGUAAUAAACUUGCGAAGGACGAAACAGAUCUCCCGUUUGUUGCAGCUACCUUCCCAAGGCUUAAAGAUAUCGACGAUACAUCCGUUAAUUACGAUAAUGAAAUGCCAUCCAACAUGAUAAACUCUAGGUCUAACAUCCCAGGCAUCACUCCGCAGGAACUUUUAGCUGCGCAUCGUCGUUCCCUGGCGGAGCUUUCCGAACACUCAAACGAACUUGACUUUCACAGUUUAACCUUAAGUCGUCAUCAGAUUGAUGGCGGGGAGGUGUUCUCCGCUCAGCUGGAUGAUAUUCCUGACGAGGAGUAUCAGGAGUGCUUGAGGAGCUUCAAAUUUGGUGAUGAAAACAGCGGACUUGGUGGGGGCUCUAGUGAUCCUGCAAGCACGAAAUCAGAUGAAGAGCAAUAA